CAAUGUCAUCUGGCAUUUCUUCAGGCUCUUUUCGGAACACUCACAGUUUCCCCUCAUGGGAAUACCGCCAUCAAACAGAUUCCCUAAGGGAGCAACUGAAAGAGAUGGAUGAACAUGUGGCUAGACUCCAGGACAUGCUGAAGUGUGAACGGGCCAAAAGUACGCGUUUGCAGCUAAGGGUCAACCAGCAUGAAGCUGAGCUGAGACGCAGGGAGCAGCAAAGCAACAGAAUGAAAGAACGACUUGCUCAUUUGCCUGACAGAAACAAGGACAAAGGACCUUCCAUUGAGGUGCUGAACUUUCCACCGGGAGGUCGAGGCAAAAAUACGAAGUCAAUAAAGUCGUCCCAGUCCACUGCAAAGCAAGAAGAGGCAGCGCUGCGCCUGAUGCUGGAGCGCAGAGAAGCGGAGCUCCGAGAAGCAAUGAAACUGCGACAUAGCCUUACCACCUUACUACAUGCUAUCAGAGUUGACAUGGAGCAAACCUUGUCAAACGCUGAGGAGGACAUGAGUGGAUCCCCAAACGGGAACAGAAGGUUAACUCAAGCUGAGGGGGUGCUUGGUGACCAUGUGACAGGAGGUGUAGUUCAGAGUUGGAAACGUGUGCAGCAAAGGCUGGUUGACCUUCAACGUGAGGGCCACAUGGGCGAUGGAACUGACCAUGACAAACUCUUGGCUCAGCUUGAAAAAGAACUGAAAGAGAGUCAACAAAUUGUAAAACUACAACAGCAAUUGCUGCAGGACAGUCUUGAAUCAUCCAUGCCGUCUGAGCUGAGUAAUUCUUACUUUUUGGAAGAAUGGGAGCAUCUCCAAGUGCACUGGGCAGACUUCAACCAUCAAAAACGGACUUUUGAAAGGGAGAGACAGUCCUUCACGGAGGCUGCCAUACGCCUAAGUCGUGAGCGUCAGAACUUUGAGAAUCAGAAGGGCUCUCUCUUGAAGCAGCAGUAUUUACAUGAUUCUUCUUUGUGUAGUGGAAGAGAAGCAAGCGACAAAAGUAACUGCACCCUUCUUAGUUUGGGGCCUGCUAGCAAAUAUGGCUGUAUUCCCAUUUCCCCAUCUUCCAUCGAAUCCAGCCCUGUUACGGUUUCAGGAUGCCAUCAGGGAAGUGUCAGUGUUUUAACACCCAGUACUCCAGAGCUCUAUGCUGCCCUCAGUUUGUCAUACAACCACAGAGCCAAAAAGGGAGCAAAUAAGUCGGAGAGAUGGGAUCGUAAGACAGACGAGAUGCAUGCAAACCCAGCUCCACCUUUGGAUCAGUCAUUUUGAGGUGAAUUCCAAGGCCAUUUUAAAAUCGGCAUGUUUUUAAAUAAAAAUAAAACUUUCCAAGAUGUUA